AGUUGAAUUCGCUGGCCGGUGGUCUCUUUCUCUGCUACAAUCGUGGGACCUUUGACAUGUUAAUUCCAUCUUCCAUAUCGGAUACGGCCAUACUGUUUCGCAGAUGAGAGCAAACGUGUUUAGCCCGAUUCUACCGUAGCGGCCAAGGAUGGAAAGGAGCAGCUAUUUCAACUUGGACGCUCAAAUCUCUGGGUCGCUAUCAGGGGAGAAUGGAGCAGAAAAGAAAUAUGAUCAGGAUCGAGCGGGAGCCCGUCAUCUUGACAUCCAAGCCAAAGCUUGUCAAAGUCCUCACUACCUUGUUCUCGACGGAUGCGGACAGGGACCUGUUCAAGGCUUUGUGCGCCAGGAUUGAGGCUUGUGUUCGUGCUAAGUAUCACGACCUUUUCGAGGAGCUAAUGGCAAGUUAUUUUCGUCUUUCUUUUCUUAACAAAACUUAAUGCAGGAGCUUCAACAUUUGUUUGAUCCGCACAAACCUCAAGACAGGGAACCUUCCUCGACCGACGAGACGAGGUUUCUCGAGAUGUUUCACCGUGAGGCACGCUGAAUUGUCAGUAGUGAUUUCGCGUUUUUACCUCUUUUUACAGAUAAUGACAAAGAGCAACUUCAAAGUUCUUAAAAAGAAAGAAUGGAAGAUUGCUACUUCGAGCAAAUACGUUCUUCGUCUUGAUGUCAAACUCAACAAGCAUAGACUUGAUGACAAGCUCCUGAAGAAGUACCCUAGAGUUACCGAGGCAGGCGACGAACAGCUUUUUGAGAACAAGUGCUUGAUUUACAGGAGAGGCAUUGGGUGUGACACUGCACAAGGCUACUAUAUGCUGGCCAAAGUUGAGGAGAUUCAGAAAAGUUUUUGGAAGAUGAUUCUUAGACUUUGUAUUGGCAAGGAGGAAGAAAAUUUCAUGCAUGAAGAACCAAAACCGGACGAUAGAUUUAUGGAGAUGGAGCGUAUUCAUGUAGGAGACGUGCGAAUCAAGCAUUUCUUUCAAAAGGUGGAGCUUCAAGAACCAACUUUUAGCCAGGUAAUUGUCAUCUACAGAACACGCGAUGAUCCUCGCGGUAUUCACAUCAAGCAAUUCAAAGACGUACCAAUGGCUGAUUUGGAGCUUGUCCUGCCCGAGAAGAAAUCACCGAGCCUAAGCUGGUCUGAAUGGAUAAAGCUCAUCGUUUCGGGUGUCACAGGAGUGGCUGGGUUUUGGGAAGCCUUUAAGAAAGGCCACUCUUCCUUUGUACCACUCGCCUUCACCAUCCUUACAGCUUUUGUUGGAUACUGCUUCAAGGUGUAUUUCACGUUUCAUAUCAAUGUUCUGGAGUACCACAGGCUCAUCUCCAAGUCAAUUUACGACAAGCAAAGCGACAGCCACCUUGGUACCCUGCUACACUUGUGCACGAACGUAAUCAACCAGGAAACAAUGGAAACUAUCAUUGGAUACUUUGUGUUACUUGUGCUAGGGACGGCCACAAAACAGGAGUUUGCGUUGCAUUGUAACUAUCUGAUGGAAAGAGAGUUUCAAGAGAGAUGCGAAUUCGAAUAUGACGACGCUUUGGACAAGUUGAGAGCUUUCGAGUUAUUAGACGAGCGUGGCGAUGACCGCUAUCAGUGCCUCAAUCUCGAAGAGGCCAACGAAAGACUACAGGGCAAGCUGAAAGAAAGAGCUUAAAAGAAGUACCACCAGUCGUUGGUAUAUCAUCUUCC